CAUUGUGCUGUAAGCUGACUGGAACAUACCUCCAGGCAGCUUUUCUCUCAGCCUUUGUUACAAGCCUUGAAAUAAUAAAAUUUUAAAGAAACAAGAUUAAACUAUCAACUGUGAAAAAUGGGAGGUUCCGCUUCAAAGCAGUUUUCUUCAGAUAUCAUAAGAGCUCACAAUGACUAUAGACGGAAACAUGGCUGCCCCCCAUUAAAACUCGACAAUAAAUUGAACCGUGAGGCACAACAGUAUGCAGAGGCACUGGCUACUACAAAGGUUCUCAAACAUAGCUCAGAAUCCAGUAGGGGAAAUUGUGGAGAAAAUCUAGCAUGGGCUUCCUAUGAUCAACCAGGACAAGAUGUAUCUGACAGAUGGUAUAGUGAAAUGAGAAAUUAUGAUUUUAAAAGUCCAGGAUUCACCCCAGAAUCAGGACACUUUACAGCAAUGAUAUGGAAGAACACAAAGAAGAUGGGGGUCGGAAAGGCCUUUGCAACUGAUGGUUCUUCCUAUGUGGUUGCCAGAUACUUUCCAGCUGGAAAUAUUGUCAAUCCCGGUUUCUUUGAAGAAAAUGUCCCUCGUCCUGCAAAGAAAUGAUUUUGAAAAUGCAAACAUUAAUUGUGGACUGCAGAGUGUAACAGUAAAAUGCCUAUGAAAUCUAAAGCUUGAUGCCCAUGUUUACCUGUCAUUUUGACAGCACACACUCUAAUACACAUUAUGAGUGUGAAUUGACAUAAGAGGCUUAAAAUAAGCAUUUAAUGAUCUGAUACAGCUACUUGGACUAUCAUUAUGUGAACUUUAUAUAAAAGAAAAAGAAGUAAUCAUUUCUUGUAACUUUUUUUAAAAAGCAAUUUGUUGUAUAUUUGCCUCCUAUAUACCAUGUCUAAAUUUUCAUUAUUUUAAAAACAACUGAAGUGUUAUGUUUAUCUUUAUGCAUAGUUUAGUAUUAUUGUUAAAAUAUUUAAAAUGAUAAAAAAAAUCAACAAACACCUUAUGGUUUAUUCAUUUUAACUGAAAUUAAUUUUUGGUUUUAAAAUUUUGAAAACAUUGCAACAUGAAUUUUAUUAUCUUUGUAAAAAUUGAUAUGAUCUGUAAGCUAAUUGCAUUACUAGUAUGAUUUUAAAGAUACAAAAUCUGUAACACACUUCCUCUUAUAUCUCCUAACUUUUAAAAAAAGAAAAAGGUUUUAGAUUUCAGAAUACCAUCACAUUGGACAGUGUGAACAUUAGAUUUGGAUGAAUCCUGCGUUUGUGGCUAAACCCUAUCAUAUUAGCCCAUAUGUGUUGGCUUCCAUACUUUCCUAUUUCCAGACUCUGCACACCUUGUUCUUUGACACAAAUUACAAUCCAUCAGUGACAACUCUCCUGAGUUUUAGUGCCUUCACAAUUUAUCAUUUGAUAAUUAACAUUUUACUUCCAAGCCACUUCACACCUAGCUAGACUGGGCUUGGAUAAUAGUUUGGCAAAACUUGCCUUCAAGAAACCAAGGUCACCUAAGUGCCCAAAUAUCAGAAUAAGACUUUAGUGAAUGAUUAACAUGUAUACAAAUAUAUAAGUAUAUACAUGCAUGCUUGUAACAUAAAAACUUUCAACAUGGUAAAAGAAACACCCUUAUUCCCUAUCCACAAUUUCAUAUUUCUUUGCACUUGACUUUGAUUUCUUUAAACUUGGGCAAGCUUUUUAAAGAUGGACUUGGAUGAGUUCAGUGGAUUUGAAGGACUAUAAACUAUAUCUCUGCAAUGGCCCCUGAAGUUAGCUAUCUCAAGGCAGGAAAUGAGCAAAAGUAAUAUUUCUGGCAGCUUUAUAGUAUUACAGAUGUGUUAAUACUGCCUCCAGGAAUUAUGUCAAACAUGCAUAGCUUAAAAGUUAUAAUAAAAGCCACAUGUCUUUGGGAGAUUUUAGUAUAGACUAUUCUGUGUUCUUUAGUUUCAUUCAUUAUUUAUAUUUGUGAAGUAUUUGCCUUAAGGUUAAAAUAUAUGUGCAUUUAUUGAGCAUCACAUAUAAUUCAAACAUUUUAGCUAAUUAAAAAGAGCAUUCCCCAGAGGGUGGGUAUAUUCUAGAAACGGAUAUCUACUAUUUCAGUCUUUUCUCCUUUGAAAAGCCAGCUGUAGAAUUUGAAAUUGGCAUUUACAAGUUCCAGCUUAGAGUAAGUUUGAGUAUAAACAAAUUCUAUUUACAGCAUUCUGAUGUCUUACAUUCUCCAAAUUGAUUAUUGGGGAUUUUUGUUUUGUUUUGUUUUGUUUUUAAUGCUAAUUCAUUAUUCCUAAUGUAAUCCAGGAAGUUAAUGUUAUGGAGAACAUUAGAAAAUAAACCAUAUUUUUCAUAUAAUA